AUGAUUCGUAGAUUUAACGUUGAUAACGUAACUGGCAGUAUUACAAAACGAGAAAAUAUAUCAUUAGAUUAUGAGAAAAGAGAUGAAUAUGUCUUGACAUUAGUUGCCAAGGAUGGUGGCGGCAGACUACAAUUAGCUGAAGUCAUUGUAAGACUUGAUGAUAUCAACGACAACCAACCAGUAUUCACACAGUCAUCAUACAUAGGUUUUUUGAAAGAAAGCGUUAAAUCAUUCGAGAUUACUGUUAGCGCUUUUGACCGAGACAAGACAAAUACAACCAACAGUAGAGUGAAAUUUUAUCUUAUUGAUUCACCAUUGCACAUGCAAAAUAAUUUUACAAUUAAUACAAUAGAGAGAUCAGAAGAGUUUCUCGGAAUCAUUUCUUUGAUUGGAUCGCUUGAUUAUGAACAAUUGAAUGAAACGACUGGUGGAAAAGAUUUGAACGAUAACACACCAGAAUUUAAUCCAACUGAGUAUAAGAUACGUAUUUUUGAAAACGCAACAUUCGGCGAUUAUGUAGGAAACGUUACUGCUACAGAUGCGGAUGGUACUGCGGCAAACAAAGAUUUAAGUUACUACAUCAUAACUGGUUCCGGUCUUUUUAGAAUAGAUGGUCAAUCUGGUGUAAUGACCGUGAAUUUGAAUGCUGAAUUUGAUAGAGAAACUACCGUAAUAUACAACUUGACAAUAAUAGCAGUUGACAGAGGAACGCCAUCCAGAACAGGACAUACAAACGUCACUGUGUUUAUUGAUGAUGUUAACGAUACACCACCAAAGUUUGAUAAAGACAUUUUCUUAGCCUCCGUACUUGAGAAUACAACUGUUAGGUCUUUGGUUACAAUCUGCUCUGCAACAGAUCAAGAUUUAAAUUCUCAUUUACUUUAUAAAAUUAUAGACCUUCAAACAUCUCGAUAUGACAACGAUACUGUAAUGAACUGGUUUAGAAUAAACCAUGCUACCGGGGAAGUAACAAUUAACUCCUCUUUGGAUAGAGAAUUGACAGAUACAGUAACACUGACACUUACAGUCGAAGAUAUGAAUGCAGCCACGGCAAUUUCACAGACAGCUACAAGUCAAAUCACAAGAAAUCCUUUAAUAGACGUCGACAGGGAAACCCAAACAAUCAUUGAUAUAGAAGUUGAGGCUAAUGACACUGUUAACACCAGCACAACUCAAGUUAAAAUUACAGUUCUUGAUAUCAAUGACAAUUCUCCUGUUUUUCUUCCUUACAACAACACUGUAUACAUGCAAGAGAACAAUGGCACAGAUCAGAACGAUAUAUAUAAUAGUACAUUUAUUAUUUUAUUAAAUGCAAGUGAUGCUGAUGAAGGAUCUAAUGCGGAAUUGACAUACACAAUUAUCAACGAUUUUCACAAAUUCCAAAUCGAUUCCUUCACAGGAAUAGUAACAGCUACAGGACACUUUGAUAGGGAAAAUGAAGCCACAUAUAUUUUAAAAGUCACAGUAUAUGAUAAUGCUUUGGAUCCUUUUGAUCGUAAAACAAGUACAGCUUCCAUCACGGUACAAAUCGCAGACGUCAAUGAUAAUGUUCCUUACUUCCCGCAAACCCACUAUAAAGUAACUGUUAGAGAAGACAGGAAUCCUAAAUAUCCCAUUAUGUAUGUUACUGCUAGAGACAGGGAUAUCAAUCAAUCAUUUAGAUAUUCGAUUGAACCAGAUACUGACACAGAAAGAUUGUUUGAAAUUAAUGAACAUUCCGGAUUCAUUUCUGUCAAUGCAUCACUUCAUAAUAACUACGGUGAAAAACAUCUAAUUGUCUGGGUAGAAGAUAUUGGCGGUCUGAAAAAUUUUACCAGGGUUACAAUUACUGUCGAAGAUAUAAACGGCAACGCACCUGUUUUCCUUGGUCUUACUGCUUUCUACAAGAUAUAUGAGGCAAAUGGAAACUUAACGAACCAGUGUCUAUGUGGAUCAGCCUUGGAGUCAUUUCUUGCAACAACAAUGGCACCUAACAACAAUAGAUGUCCUCAAGUAAAUGAAAUUGCAGAAACAGAAAACUUUAUUUUCAGAUAUGAUCCAAUUUCUCAUGUAAUGGUUGCAAUAACAAAUCAUAAAUGUUAUGUAUACAGUAUGUCUGAUACAGAGUCAGUUGAUGUACACACUUCUUACGGUCUCCAUCUACUUGAGAUAAAACUUAUAAAUAUGGCAUACAACACAUCUGCAACAUACAUUACAAUUUCUCAUGAUGAACUAACCGCCCUCAGUAAAUCCACAGCACGUCUCUGUAACCGAGUUGGAUGGACAACGCACAAAUUAAAUUGA